ACAAAACUCUCACAAUGUUCCCACAAAGAAGAGCGGCGAUCGUAUCGAUCUUUAUUUGCGUAUUAUUUAUAUGGGAAUGCAAAGGCGAGGAGGGUUACACACCGGCACCGAACUGUGCACGCCUAGAGUGCCCUUAUUACAGUGUGGUUCACACUGAGAAAGAAUUUGAAAUCAGAAGUUACAACGAUGCUCUAUGGGUUUCCGGUCCUACCAUCCCCUCCACGUCGUACAAAACUGCUGCCGAUGAAGGUUUUCUAGUCCUGUUUGGGUACUACCUAGGAAACAAUAAUCAGAAUGUGAAGAUCAAUAUGACAACCCCUGUUCUAAUCGACGUUCAAAACUCGGCCUACACCGUAUUCUUUUACGUCCCGAAAAAGUACCAGAACAGCAGUUUACCCACACCGCGUUCGACUGAAAUAAAGCAAGUGAAGUUGCCUAAACAUAAAUACGCAGCUGUUAGAAGAUUCGACGGAUUCAUCACCGACGAGAAUAUUCCGACGGAAGUUGCCGCACUCAAGAACAGCCUCAAAGGCACCCCUUAUGAAAAAGCUGCUGCUCUUGACGUGUUCACACUCGCGGGCUAUAACUCGCCCUUCGAACUCAUUAAUCGUGUUAAUGAAGUUUUCCUGUGGUUCGAUUGAUUUUGUACUGUGUGGUACGAGGUUAUAGAUCAGGGGGAAGGAGUGCAAUAAUUGCGAUUAUCGAUUGUCAAACACAAUAAUUUUGAUCUG